UUGGGUGGGGCGUUGUCAUGGCAGCCGGAGGGGGCGGGGCCGGGGGAAGAUGGCGGCGCUGGCCCCGGAGCUGCUGGUGCUCCACGACUCGGGCCGGUUCCUGGCCGACAACCUGCUGAGCAGCGAGGACUGGGAUGCUGCUCUCUACAGCUGCCUGGACGAUGGGGAGGAGCCCGCCGCCCUCUUCCCCUGCCUGGAGCCCAGUGCAUUGUUUGAUGACGGUUUUGACCUGGGCAUGGACACCAGCCCCCCAGAGCCGCCAUGGGACCAGAUGCCAACCAGCCUCUUCCCGGGUGAGCCCUGCCUCCCCCCAGCAUUUGGAACAGAUGAUCUCCAGGUGAAGUCCGAGCCCGUGUCCCCCGCUUCCUCCCACAGCUCAGACUCCUCCAUCCUCUCCAUGACCCCUGACUCCCCGAGACAGGCCGCAAGCCCGGACGACGUGAUGGGAGUGAAAGCCGAGGACCCCCCGACCCCACCCUGUAUGUUUGGGGACGUCCUGGCCCCCCCAGUUGGCACCGUCCAGAUCAGCCUUCUGCCAGCGCCAGAGACACAGACCACGCCAGGGAAGCCGGUGACUCCCAUCAAGGCUGAGUCGAUCCUGAGCCGGAAGCCGCCCAUCCAGCCAAAGCCGGUGGUGGUGGCCACCGUCUCCGUGCAGCCCGCGGCCACCCCCAGCCCCACCAUCCUACUGCAGACGGUGCCGGGAGCCCAGCCCCAGCCCCUCAAGCCGGCCAUCACAGUCCCAGCACCGUCUGUCGUCAUCUCCCAGAGCGACCUCCUGCACCUCCCGCUCUCGGGGCUCCUCAAGGUGCAGCCCCCAGGGAAGGAGGGCCCCCCGGCCAGGCUCCCCCCCAGCGCCCCCAAACCCGAGGCCAAAACCAUCGUCCCGGCCCCGAGCCAGCUCGGACCCUGCAACCCAGAGAUUGACGUGAAGGUGCUGAAGCGGCAGCAGCGGAUGAUCAAGAACCGGGAGUCGGCCUGCCAGUCGCGCCGGAAGAAGAAGGAGUACCUGCAGGGGCUGGAGUGCCGCCUGCGGGAGGCGCUGGCCGACAACGAGCGGCUGCGGCGGGAGAACGCCCUGCUGCGGCGCCGGCUGGACUGCGUCCUGGGCGAGAGCAGGGAGCUGAAGUUCAGCCCUGGGAACCGGAAGGUCGUUUGCGUCAUGGUCGUGCUGCUCUUCAUCGCCUUCAACUUCGGGCCUGUCAGCAUCAGCGAGCAGAAGGCCGUGGAGACGGUGCCGCCCAGCCAGGGGGCGGGGGCCGGGCAGAGCCGUCGGCACCUGCUGGGUGUGGUGGAGCAGCUGCCGAAGGAGGCUCCAGGGGAGCUGAGGGAGGAGCUGGCCCCCGCCAGCGUGGGCAAGACCAGGUUCAGGAACCUCACGGCCGCCCUCUCCGGCAUGAAGGAUCUGAUGCUGCGGGACCUGGACAAGCUGUUCCUGGCGUCCGACUGCCGCCACUUCAACCGCACCGAGUCUCUCCGGCUGGCGGACGAGCUUAGCGGCUGGGUGCGUCGGCACCAGAUCAACCGCAGGAAGCCCCUGCAGGCCCGCAAGCCACGGGCCAAUCAGUCACAGGAGUCGCUGCAGAGGGAGGCGCCCAGCCCGUCGCGAUACGUCCCAGCCAGCCCCCCCGAACGCCCAGAGAGGGACUCGCUGAGCGAGCUGCAGGUCUACCAGCGCCCCGACCGCACGGAGCACCACUUCAUGGACGCCAUCGACCGGCGGGAGGACACCUUCUACGUGGUGUCCUUCCGUAGGGAUCACCUCCUGCUCCCGGCCAUCAGCCACAACAAAACCACCCGGCCCAAGAUGUCGCUGGUGAUGCCGGCCAUGGCGCUGAAUGAGAGCCUGUACAAUGCGUCGCGGGGCUUCGAGGUGAUGAUGCAGAUCGACUGCGAAGUGAUGGACACACGCGUGAUCCACAUCAAGAGCUCCACGGUGCCACCCUCCCUGCGCCGCCCCCCAGCCCCCGACAACCGCACCCAGGCACCCUCGGUUCCACCCCGCCCGGCCCGGGGCCCCCUGCGCUCCGCCCGGCGCCCCCGCACCUUCUACCUCGGGGAGCAGGGCGAGGGCUAGCCACGCCCCUCAGCGGGAGCCACGCCCAUCCAGGCUAGCCACGCCCCUCAGCGGGAGCCACGCCCACCCAGGCUAGCCAUGCCCCUCAGCGGGAGCCACGCCCACCCCGGCUAGCCACGCCCCUCCACGGGAGCCACGCCCCUCCACGGGAGCCACGCCCCUCAGAGAGGGCCACGCCCACCCAGGGCUGGUCAUGCCCCUUGGUGACAUUCAAGCUCACCUGGGCCUCGUCUUGCCCCCGAUAUGCCACCUUGGCAAUGGCCACGCCCACAUGUGGCUAGCCCCGGCCCUAUUGGUAACAGCCCUGCCUGUGUUGAGGCUCAUCCUGCCCCUUUGUGGAUAGCUCCUCCCACCUGAGCAGCAUUAACCCCGCCCCCUUUCAGAGAACCCCUCCUCCCCAUGAGCCUAGCCCCGCCCCCUCAGGCACUGCCCCUUCCCCCCGGGUGAGGGCUGGCCCUGCCCCCUUAGUGACCACCCCUCCUACAUGAGGCAGCACUUAGCCCCGCCCCCGAGGGAGACCCGCCCCCGUGCUAGUCUCUGGCCCCCAUUCCCUUGGGGGGGGAUCCUGCCCCCCCACCCCUGUACUGCACUAUCUCCCCUGUGGAUAUUUAUAGACUGGGGGGGCUCCCUGCCUGUGGGGUGCCUCGCCCCCACAGGGCCCCCCCUUUUGUGGGUCCCCCCCACUGGAUCCUGCCCCGGGGGCUUUUUUAACAGCUAUGAAUAAAAGCGAGAGGUGACUGAA